AUGGCUGCGUGCAUAACUCCGGCGGGUUUUACAACUUAUGAUGCUCGGAGGUCAAUGGGGGUUUUGACUGUUCUUGGAGGAAGAGUUGGCGCCCUCAAAAUGGUUGACGAAAAGAAUGGUUUCUUGGGUGGUAUCCCAAAAGGCAACACUUCUCUUUGUACCCAGAUCAGGUGCUCCAAUAAUAACUCUCAUAGUGUCAACCAAUAUCAGAAUAAAGAUCCUUUCCUGAAUUUGCAUCCGGAAAUUUCGAUGCUUCGAGGGGAGGGAAACAGCUCUGUAGCCAAUCCUAGGCAGGAUAUUUCUAGUGGAAAUGUUACUGAGAGCUUGAGAGACUCAUCCCCCACAAACAAUUAUAAUGAGGCGAAGAUCAAAGUUAUUGGUGUUGGGGGUGGUGGGUCGAAUGCUGUUAAUCGGAUGAUUGAAAGUUCCAUGAAAGGUGUGGAGUUCUGGAUUGUUAACACUGAUGUUCAAGCAAUGAGGAUGUCGCCUGUAUUUCCCGAGCAACGCCUGCAAAUUGGUCAAGAGCUUACAAGGGGACUUGGAGCUGGUGGCAACCCAGACAUUGGAACCAAUGCUGCUAAGGAAAGCAAAGAAGCAAUUGAAGAUGCAUUAUAUGGUUCAGACAUGGUUUUUGUUACCGCUGGAAUGGGUGGAGGCACAGGGACAGGUGCGGCUCCUGUAAUAGCUGGAAUUGCUAAAUCAAUGGGAAUCUUGACUGUUGGCAUUGUUACCACACCUUUCUCUUUUGAGGGUCGGAAAAGAGCCCUUCAAGCACAAGAAGGAAUUGCAACUUUAAGAGAAAAUGUGGAUACAUUAAUAGUCAUUCCAAAUGACAAAUUGCUUACUGCAGUAUCCCCAUCUACGCCUGUAACAGAAGCAUUUAACUUGGCUGAUGAUAUCCUUCGGCAAGGAGUCCGUGGUAUUUCAGAUAUAAUUACGAUACCAGGGCUUGUGAAUGUGGAUUUUGCCGAUGUACGUGCCAUUAUGGCUAAUGCUGGUUCUUCAUUGAUGGGGAUUGGGACAGCAACAGGAAAGACGAGGGCCAGAGACGCUGCGUUAAAUGCAAUUCAAUCUCCCUUGUUAGACAUUGGGAUAGAAAGGGCUACUGGCAUUGUGUGGAAUAUUACUGGUGGAAGCGAUUUGACAUUGUUCGAGGUGAAUGCUGCUGCUGAGGUGAUAUAUGACCUUGUUGAUCCAACUGCAAACUUGAUUUUUGGUGCUGUUAUUGAUUCAUCACUAAGUGGUCAAGUUAGUAUAACCUUAAUUGCUACUGGUUUUAAACGCCAACAAGAAAAUGAGGGAAGAUCUGUUCAGGCAGGCCAAGGUUCACAAGCUGAUGCAGGUCUGGGAAUGAGUCGCCGUCCUUCAUCAUUCUUGGAAGAAGGCUCAUUCGAGAUCCCUGAAUUUUUGAGGAAGAAGGGGCGAUCUCGCUUUCCAAGAGCUUAA